AUGGAGGAACAUGGAGAUGAUCAACUCUGUUUUCAAGACAGAAACUCUUCUUGCAGAAAUAAUUCACUAUCGACAUCUAUUUAUAUAAUAAUAUACAUAUUUUUCUCUUUGAUAUCGGUGUUGACAGUUUUUUUUAACCUUGUGGUGAUCAUCUCUAUCGCAAAUUUUAAGCAGCUCCACACGACAACAAACCUGCUCAUCCUCUCUUUGGCUGUGUCAGAUCUCCUGGUGGGACUCAUUGUGAUACCAGCAAUUACAGUAGCAAUAAUUGAGCCGUGCUGGGUUGUAGGGGAAUAUGUUUGUGCAUUGCUCAUGUACACUGCUUAUUUAUGUACAUCUUUAUCUCUUGGCAAUUUGAUAUUGAUAUCUAUCGACCGAUAUGUUGCUAUAUGUAAUCCAUUAUUGUACCACUCAAAAAUAACAACAACAAGAAUUUAUUUCUGUAUUGCCAUGAUCUGGUAUUGUUCCAUCAUAUACAAUGGUGUCCUCAUAAAAUUGUCCGCAAAUAAGUCUGAGAAAAAAGCAGCAAAAACCUUAGCUAUUGUUGUUUUUAACUAUCUCAUCUGCUGGAUUCCAACUUAUUUUAUCCAAUAUAUUUAUUUAGCAAGUGGUGAUUCAUCAGCAGCUUUCAUAUUAUUUUUGCCAUUUAUUAAUUCUUUUAUUAAUCCAAUUAUUUAUGCUUUCUUUUAUCCAUGGUUCAAAGGUCUGGCGGACGGCCUGCAGAAGGCACCACACAGGCAGUUGAGGCAGGGUCUAGUGCUGCAGGUGGAUGAGGCAGGGUGGAUGAGGCACGGUCUGGCCCUGCAGGUGGAUGAGGCAGGGACUGGCCCUGCAGGUGGAUCAGGCAGGGCCUGGCACUGCAGGUGGAUGAGGCAGGGCCUGGCACUGCAGGUGGAUGAGGCAGGACCUGGCACUGCAGGUGGAUGA